CGAGAUUUCACAUGUUGCAAAAUGGCGGACGACGAGGAAAGGAUGGACGAUGAAAUGCUGGAUGCAGAUGAAGAGAGAAUAGAUGAAAGUGGAAAUGAAGACAGCAGAAAGGAAUCUGAAGAAAAGGACUCUGUGUACCUACCAGGGGAUCCCAUUGAUGAGAAUGAAGAACUUGAGUUUGACAAGAGUGCAUAUGAAAUGUAUCAUGAGGCUCAGACUGGUGCACCAUGUUUAAGUUUUGAUGUAAUUAAAGAUCAACUUGGAGAAACAAGAACUGAGUUUCCAAUGGCAUUGUAUUUGGUCACUGGUACACAGGCAGAAAGAGCUCACAGCAAUUCCAUCAUGGUUGUUAAGAUGUCUGAUUUGUCAAAAAUUGAUCAAGAUGAAAGUGAUUCAGAUGACGAAAUAAUCGAAGAUGAAGCUGAUGGGCCAGCAAUGCGAACAGCUUCUAUAAGGCAAAUUGGUGCCUGUAACAGAAUAAGGCACUCACAUAUACCAAACAGACAUCUGGUUGCUUCCUGGUCAGACACAGGCAAGGUUCAUAUCUGGGAUGUCGCAGAGCAGAUGAAUGCAUUAGAUAAACCCGGAGCGCCAAAGAAUCAAUAUUUUGGAGACAAAGUCAAGCCAAUGUUCACUUUCAAUGGUCAUCAAGCUGAAGGAUUUGCGAUUGAUUGGUCAAAGGUAAACCCAUCCCGCCUGGCAACCGGCUCCUGCAAUCGGAAUAUCCAUUUGUGGCAACUCAGAGACGACGGAAAUUUUCAUGUCGACCAGCGCCCAUACAAUGCACACGAAGCCUCUGUGGAGGAUAUUCAGUGGAGUCCAAACGAAAGCAAUGUAUUUAGUUCUUGUUCUGCAGACAAAACGAUACGAGUCUGGGAUGCUCGUGCAGUUGGAAGCAAAGCAUGUAUGAUCACGUGUAAAGCACAUGAUGAUGACGUCAAUGUAAUCUCCUGGAACCAAAAUGAGCCGCUGAUUGUUUCUGGUGGAGACGAUGGUGCAGUUAAAGUAUGGGACUUGCGACAGAUUCAAAACGAUGUGCCAGUUGCAACUUUCAAACACCACAAAGCACCAAUCACAUCUGUUGAAUGGAAUUCACGUGAUAGUUCCGUUUUUGCUGCUUCUGGGUCAGAUGAUCAACUUACUCUUUGGGACCUUGCGGUGGAGCGUGAUGAUGGUGAUCAAGCUCAAGGCAAAUUGAAAGAUUUGCCUCCACAGCUUUUGUUCAUCCACAUGGGCCAAAAUGACAUCAAAGAGGUCCACUGGCAUCCCCAACUUCCUGGAGUUGUUUUGAGUACAGCUGGAAAUGGUUUCAAUGUUUUCAAAACGAUAAGUGUUUAGCUAGUAUCAAGUCCAAUUCUGAAGAUAGAUCUCAGAUAUACAGUUCAGUUUUAUAAUGGAGCACUUGUGUUACUGGAUCUCAAGCUAGAGAGGAGGCGGAAUGCUAAAGUAAAGGCCUGGAUCAUAUAGAAAGAUAAACGAUGUGGAAAAAGAUAAAAGGCAAAGUGGUCAUAGAGGGAGUGUCGUCUUAUCGCAUAGUAGCGUACCCAGGGCUGCAGCAGUGGGGGCGUGGUCAAAAAAGUUUUUCCCGUUUAUUUGAUCCAUAUUAGCUACGGUAAAUAGCAAAGUAUUUUAAAAUUAUUGUUGACACAAGCAUACAGUAUACUACCCCACCCUUUCCCCCCCCUAUGAGUUUUGCACCAUUUUUGGACAAAUUUUAGAAAAGUGGGGGGUUCCGGACCCCCCAUUCCCCAUUGUAGAGGCUGCGCCAAAAAAUUCAAAGUUGGGUAGGGCUCGAGUUGAUAGCUUUAUUAGACUAAAGAACCAUUUUUUAAAACUGCACUUAAAGCCUGGUUCCUUUAAAAUCGUAAGAGUGUCGGCGACAGUCUGCGUCAGUCUGCGUUGGCCUUCCGAUUUUAUGGAACACUUCCGAUCGUUACGACUGCGCCGACUGUGAAUUGCAAUGGUCGGGAGAGUUGAUCUGAGUUCAACUUUUAUGGGAACCAGGCUUAAAUGCUUCAAGAUAUUUUAUGGGGAAAUAGUUAUGCUAGCGGUACAUUGGAAGGGCCGGCGAAAAGGUUUCGGAGGCCCUAGGUAUUUCUGACGGUAUAGGCUUCCCUGCGAGCAAAGCGAGCAGAAAAGUUUUGCCCCCACGCUCUUAAGAUAAGUUUAAAAUACAUUUCAGAAUAUUUCUCACUGUCAUUUUCUUGCAAUCGUUUAUAAUAUUAUGCUAUGCUUUAAGGCAUGCUUUUAGUACGUUUGAUUAUUUCCAAUCUUAAAAUGAAAUUCACUACUUUAUAAAGGUCCCAUAGAUCUAUUAUUUAUUGGAAAUUAAUCAACAACAGGAUUUAUCGCAAUAGUUUUUCUCCUAUUUUGUCACUCUUUUUACUUUCUUGAGAACAUUUUUUGCAAAAUAGUGGGGUGGGGCUGAAGCCCCUAGCCCUCCUUCUAGCGCCGCCCAUGCCUUGUGUACGCAACUGUUAUCGCAAGCACUUGAAUGUGUAGAAAGAUGAUAUACUGCCGAUAGCCAUAAUGCCUGUGGCCUUUUACGUGGGCUUCCAACACUGGGAUAAGAUAUAUAUAUUGGUUUUGCGGAAAACAACAGUGUACCUUU